CCGCUUCCAAACGUCAAACCGCCGGGCAGCGGACCAAUGCGAGCCAAGUGCGAACGGAAAAAAAUAAUCGAGCAAGCGCGGCAGCCGCGAGCGGGCUGCGUAUCGGUGUCUUAUUUUGUCAGCUGAUUCUGAAUUUUCGAUCGAAUUUCCUCGCAAACCCGACAAUAUUAAUGUAUUAAACAUUUUACAAAUAAUUACUGUGAAUCACACUAUUUUAAUACAAGACUUGUUGUACAAAUAUUGAUUGAGUGAGACUUGCAAAUCGUUGAAUUGUUGUGCAGUGCAAAAUUUUAAUUGAUUUAAGAAUAAUGACAGUUGUAUUUUCCGUGUAGUGGGUGACCUUUUUCCUGAAAAUGUCGUUGAAGAAAGAAUCUCGCACUGACGUGCAGUUCCACCUGGCGGCGCUUCGAGGAGACUGCGAGCGGCUGCGGCAGCUGCUCGACACCGGCAAGGUGCACAUCGACUCCAGGGACAGGGAUGGCACGACGCCCUUGAUCCUGUCUGCCGCGAUGGGACACACAGAGUGCGUGAAAGAACUUCUGGCCCAGGGGGCUGAUCCCGCCUGUUGUAGAACGACAGGAACGAGCGCGCUGUUCUUCGCGGCGCAGGGCGGCUUCCUGGACGUGGCGCGUCUGCUGCUCGACGCCGGCGCCGCCAUCGACGCGCCCAGCACGGAUGGUGGCACCCCAUUGUUCGUGGCUUGCCAGUGCGGUCAUUUGCCUGUGGUCGAAGAGCUUAUCCGACGUGGUGCCAACGUGAACGCUUGUAUGAAGGACGGUGCCAGCCCGCUAUUCAUCGCAGCACAGAACGGGCACGAAGAAGUGUGCGUCACAUUACUCCGUCACGGCGCGGCCGCGGACGCCGCGCGGGCCGACGGUGCCAGCGCGCUGUGGAUCGCGGCGCAGUGCGGGCACGACCACGUGGCGCGCGCGUUGCUCGCUGCUGGCGCGCCCGUCGACCAGCUUCGACAGGACGGAGCCACGCCGCUGUUCAAGGCGGCGCACAAGGGGCACGCCGCCGUUGUUGCCGAGCUGCUCAAAUACAAGCCCAACCUCGGGAUCCUGCCGAACGGUCAGUCAGCGCUGCACGGCGCGGCGAUGUUCGGUCAGCUGUCGUGCGUGCGGCUCCUGGCGCGAGUGUCGCCGCGCGCGCGCUCCGCCGCCGGCCUCACGCCGCUGCAGGCCGCCGCCGCCGCGCGCAAGACCGACGUCGUCGCCUACCUGCGCCGCCUCGAGCACUCCUGAUACAAGCGCACGCAAGCUGACGCCUGAUCAACGACGCUCACCUCAUGCUGACGCCUGAUCAACGACUUUCACCUUAUGCUGACGCCUGAUCAAGUCAGC